AAUGCCGAAAGGCAAUCCAGAUGAUAGGAUCAGCAGCUUGCCCAAUGGCAUCCUUGUCAACAUUCUCGACCGACUCGAUGUCUGUGCCGCUGCCAGAACCAGUGUCCUCUCGAGACGGUGGAGUCAGCUUCCUGCCAUGCUCUCACGGCUUACAAUCAGUGCUUGGGACCUCCUGCCUUCAGAAAAUAAAACCAGCUUUUGCAAUGCUGAAUUGGUUCGGACGACCGCUGCAGCUGUGGCCAAAGAUUUGGCCAAUGCAGCAGUGUCCAAUGCUGAAUUGGUUCGGAGGAUCAAUGCAGCUGCGGCCAAAGCCUUGGCCGAUGCAGCAGCUGUAGCCAAAGUUGUGGCCAAUACAGCUGUGGCCAAAGUGACAAAGAGCAUACUGGCACGCAGGGAUCCGGGUGGAUGGCCCAUUCGUCUCUUGAGCAUGACGUUCUACUUGAUAGACGAUGUCCCCAUAUCAGUCGGGCAUGCUGUUGGCAAUGCCAUGGCAACAUGCAAGGUUGAGAAGGCCGAAUUCACUGUUCUGACAGAGAAGGGACGCUUAGAGUGCACCAUUGACGAUUUGGUGAAAUACGGGGCACGGUUCGUGUCAUUUUUUAAUGAGUGUAUGGAUACAUUUGCUGGUCUCACGUGCCUCUACCUGGCGAAUUUGAGAUUUGCUGAAUCGGACUUCGUCUCCAACAUCCUCGUCACUUGCAAGCGAUUAAAACACUUAGGUUUUCUCAAUUGUGACACAGAGAAUUGGAUGGCGUUCCAAAUUGAACACGCAGAACUCAGUGAGCUCAGUAUUGUCAAUUGCCGUUUUGACGUGGUCAAACUCGACUGGGUUCCGAAGCUCACUUGGUUGGUGUUUGAGUUUUGGAUGUCUUUCAAAGAACCACCACUGUCAUUUGGCUAUGUCCCAUUGCUCAAUGUUCUGAGUGUUUCAAAUGUUGCUCUUAGUUGGCAUGAAAUGGUCGAGUUAAGUACAUUUCUUCAUGAGACCUCUGUUCGAGACCUGAGCUUGGGGUUUAAAUGCGAAAAGAUUUGGGUUCAACCAGAGUGUCUGACCAGAUGGCUGGCAUCUGUGUUUCACCAACUAAGGAUUGUCAAUCUUGUUGACAUUCCUGAAGGGCAUGAUCUCACCUGGACAAUGUUCAUUCUGGAAGCGGCGCCUUCCCUGGAGGAGUUCUACAUGACGGUAAUGGAUCAUCCUUGUGACAUGCAAAUGGAUCAGGAGAAGAGGAAGACGAAGUCGUAUAGCGAGCACAAGGGUGUUGAGUGGGAAUCGCCUGCAUCGAAUUUCAAGCACCACCGUCUGACCAAACUAAUCAUCUUCUGUUUUCAAGUGAGUCAUGUCAGGCGUGUCUUGAAAGCGGCGGUGAAUCUAGGGGAUGUGUACCUGUAUGAUAGACUGACAUGCAGCAAGUGCCGAGGCGUGGAACCUCUAAAUCCGAUAAGGUUCCCGGAGACAAGUAAGCACAGGUGUUGGGUGGAGAAGCAAAUCAGAAGGGGUAUCGAAUCACUUGCCAGAAUCCACUUCCUGACUACUGCUAAAAUAAGGGAGGAUCAUGUUUCAAGGAUAGUGUAGUGUUUUCCUUGGAAGAUUCUUUGUGUGGGUUCUG